AUGUCAAUAAGCAACGGCUGGUCGUCGUCGUCAAUUAUCUCGGACGUGCUGCCAGAAGAGGAGUUUGAAGACGUUGAAGAAGACGAACUAAUCCUCUCCGACAAUGACCGUCUCCGUUGCCGUGUUGAGGAGUUGGAGAAAAUUGUGUUGGCUCAGCGUAAUGAGAUUCUCCUCCUUCAAAGCUCCACUGUCGAAAUCUUACGGAGACUUCAGAAUCUGGAGAUUCAACAGCAAGACAAGGCGAGGUCCCCAGUGUCUUCUGGGUAUAAUUCUUUACCCCGCCGAAUCUCCAGCUCCAAGAGCACCUACUCCGUGAGCCCAUCCUCCCAUCCUCCACCACCUCGCCCUCAUCAUGCCAACUCGAAAUCCCUCUAUAUCAAUGGUCUAAACAACAACGAAGACGCCACCCAACAAAUGCCACGUCGUCCUCCAACACGUGGCAGUGAUAUGGUGAAUGUGUCAGUUGGAAAGUCAGCAAGAGGGUCACCAAUGAGAAAAUGGGUGUCCACACACGAUAUGAAGGAUACUGAGAGAUUCAGAAGGCUGUCGACGUCAUCUGAAGCUAGUACGAGCGCCACGACGAUCACAAUGAAUCCGAUAGUGAAUAGUGUGAGGAGACUGUCAACAAGGAACCAUAGAACCUGCCAAUUCUCAGCUGAAAACGGGCAGCUACCUAUUUUCAUCUCGGGGAAGACUGUGCAGGUACCAGUACCCACGGGUUAUGAAAACAUCGACCCAACAGGCGACCAAAACCCUCCAGCCGUCAAAGUUACUCUGAAACAUGUCUACAGUUACCGAGGGAAAGAUGUGAGAUCAAAUAUCGAAAUGCUGCCUACCGGAGAGCUUGUAUUUUUCUCGGCAAAUCUAGUGAUACUGAUGAAUAUCACUGGAGAUGAUAGGAGUCAAAGGAUAUAUCACGGACAUACUUGUGAUGUGAAGUGCAUCGCCCUGCACCCCAACAAAAUCCUGGUCGCAUCCGGUCAGUCCUCCUGUCACUCCUCUGAAAAAGCUCUUAAAACCGAGCACACUUCUCCCGUAGAAUCCCCGGAAGAGCUCGUCAAACAACUGGAAAUGGAACACACAGAAGCUCAUGUCAGAAUUUGGGAUACCGUGAAAUUGACCACUUUGAUGAUAUUGAAUGGUUUUGAGAAGGGAAUAUGCCACGUGGCGUUCUCCAGAACAGAUUCUGGAGGUCUGUUGGCUGUGGUGGAUGACUCGUUGAAGCACACGAUGUCGAUUUGGAGUUGGCAGAAAGGGAAGAGAGAUGGCGAGGUUAAAGCGGCCAACGACCUGGUGUUCGAAUGCAAAUGGCAUCCAACUAUCCGAAACCUUAUUGUCCUCUACGGAAAAGGACAUUUUUCAUUUUUCAAUUACGAUCCAGCAACAGGAGUCCUUGUGAAGUCUGUGGCCACUUUUGAGGGUCGUGACAAGCCGAAAACCGUGUUGAGUUUAUGCUUUGGUGGUGACGGACAAGUGGUGACUGGUGAUUCGAAUGGCAGUAUUUCGAUAUGGGACCCCAAGACUUUUAGGACGUUGAAGCAGGCCCACUCCGUCCACCCUGGAGGUGUUUACUCCCUGGCACUUGCCAAAUCUGGAAAACUUCUUUCCGGCGGAAAAGACCGUAUUAUUUCCGAAUGGGAUGUGAAUGACUUGGUCAGAUCUCGACGGCCGAUAGAGCUACCUGAUGAGAAGGGAUUCCCACGUGUCAUACUGCAAAGUGGGACGGAUUUGGUGAUAGGCACGUCGUCGAACACUUUGCUUCAUGGGAAUUUGGAGAAUCCAGGGAAUUUGGCGAGCUUGAUUGAGGGUGACCCCGGCGAUCUCACCUCUCUCCUCACCUGCGGCUCCAAUCAACUCAUCACCACCUCUCAAUGCGGGACGGUACGCAUCUGGAACCACACGGAGAAGCGCGUUGAAUUCUCCAAAAAGUUUAUGGAUUCUGUAGAGUGUGCCGAUGUGGAUGCAACACAGACUCAUGUCAUUUUGGGAUUUGCCGGUGGUCUUUGGAAUGUGAUUAACAUUUCAAAGCAUCAGACGAUAGAGGAGAAGAAGGAGGGAAGUCAGGCGAUCUCUGCGGUGAAGUUUACACCUGUUGGAGGGACGUUUGCAGUGGCCACUAAGGACCCCUCGCUAACCGUCUAUCGUAUCGAUGGUUCUAAAAAUCUGCUCAUUGUUGCCCGAAUCCAUCACCUCCCCGCACCUCUGAUAGCUAUGGACUUCUCCACGGACUCACAAUACCUACGUGCACAGUCCACUGGAGCGCAUUUACUGUUUUGGUCAAAAACCGGAGAGAUUUGUGAUGGAAGUGCAGUGAGGGAUGUGAAAUGGGCGAGUACCCGAGUGAAGAUUGGUUUUGAGACAGCGCUGGUUGCACAUUCCUCUAAUGGCCAAAUCUCCACUGUCUCUCAAAACGAGGACCUCGUCGCCGUUGGCAUGGAGAACGGUACUCUCCGUGUCUACCAAUCUCCAGUAACCAGUGUGACAGCUGGAUUCGUCGAGUUGUUAGGACAUGGAAAACUUGUGAAGAGUGUCGCAUUCAACACGAAAUCUCAACUGUUCUCAUGCUCUCCGACGGAUAAUUCCAUAUUUGAGUGGAGUUUGGAAUAG